UCUGAGCACACAUUUUUCAUCAUACGUAUAUAACUUGUGCUCAUUGAUAUUUAUUAUCAUCAUUGAAAUCUAAUUAUCAGGCAUUGCUAUCUGGGAUAUUCUGACUUCUAUUACUCGUCACGUGACACAGUUUAGUUUGCGUUUAUCCGACAAGAAAGGUGGAGCUAAAAAUUGUUAUUACAUUUCUAAGCGAGGAGAUAACACAUCCUUUUUUUGACAUCGUACAUUACAAACGUAAUUACAGAAAACAGUUUUUAAAAAAUCUCAAAAAAUGCAACGUCUAAGAAUUCAAGUUGUUCGUAAUAUCUUGGGUACCAAGAUGUAUGCUACUGUACCUAAACAGGAGCAAGUGGUGUCCGCUACAUUUAAAGUUCAAGAUCUUAAGGAUUUUGAUGAACGUGUAAAAAACUCCAAAGUACCUGUUAUCGUGGACUUUUUUGCAACAUGGUGUAAUCCAUGUCGUAUGUUGACUCCGAGAAUAGAAACAGUUGUUGCUGAGAAACAAGGAAAAAUCCUACUGGCCAAAGUUGAUAUCGACGAGAAUACAGACCUUGCUCUCGAUUAUCAUGUGGCUUCUGUACCUGUUCUCAUUGCUAUGAAGGAUGGAAAGGUCCUAGAAAGAAUAGUUGGUCUUCAAGACACCGAUAAACUUAGACAAUUUGUUAACAAAUAUACAGAGUAAUGUAGCUUAAAAUCUUGUAAAUUAUUUAUAGUAUAAUGCUUUAAGAUGACUACAAUUUAAUUCUUAUACAGAGAAUUUCUAUGUAAUGCUUUGUCUUUUGCAAUUACAUUUAUAGUGAUUUUCCUUAAUUGUUGAAUAAAUAAUAUUAACAGGUUUAUCUUUCAAAUUGUACAAAUUAAAAGAUUUUGACUAGUAAAAUAUUA